GUAAUAACUAGCUGUUACCGAUCAUUGGGCCGUGUAGUAUCAAACAUCCCUAAUUUCUCUGCAAUUACUUCGUAAGAAUCUCUCUCAAGAACGAUUCGAUUUGUAGAAGAUCCAUCAAGAAAACCUUUAAUGGCGUCUUCUUCAACAUCAUCCAAUCAAAAGAGCUUUAAGUAUCAUGUGUUCUUAAGUUUUAGAGGAGAAGACACACGUAAGACCUUUGUUGAUCAUCUUUACAAUGCUCUUAAGCAACUAGGUAUUCACACCUUCAGGGGUAACGAGGAACUUGAGAAAGGAAAACGAAUCGUUGAGCUCUUUAAAGCCAUUGAAGAGUCGAGGUUCUUUAUCAUUGUUUUCUCCAAAAACUAUGCAUCUUCGUCUUGGACUCUUGGUGCUUGAAGGAGGUUACAAAGAUUAUGGAGUGUCAGGAUGAGAAGGAACAGAUUGCUUACCCGCUCUUUUAUGAUGUGGAGCCCAGCGACAUCCACAAACGAAGUGGGCCAGUUGGAAGAUCCAUCGCCAAACAUAAGACCAACAAACAGAUUAAGAAAUGGCAAAAGGCUCUUGAAAGUGCAGGCAAUCUGGUUGGCUGGGAUCUGAAAAACAUUGCUAAUGGGCAUGAAGCUGAAGCCAUCAAAAAAAUUGUUAAAGAAUUUCACUCAAGUUACGCUCCAUUCAUUUGA